AUGGCACUGUCGUCAACAUUCUUGAAUGCCACCAUUGCACUAACAGCCAUCCUAGCCCCUCAUAACUCCAAGAAAGCUAAGGAUGAGGGCCCAUUGCCUUCACAACUGAGAUUUUACAAGGCAGUAUGGAAGGACUGUCUCAAAGAUGCUAAGCAAGAAUGCAGGGCUGCACAUGCACUUUCUAACCCAUUCCCAUCAAAAUCUCAUGACCUCAACCUCUCCAUAACAGAGGCACUCGUCACUGUCAUCAUUGAGUGGAAUCAACACAGUGUGCAAUUUGAAGAUGGUUACUGGCCUGACCACAAGCAAGAUAUGGUGUGCCUUCUCCUUGGUGAUAUAUCUACCUGGCAUUUGGAAUUGAAGUUGGUUAUGCUGGCAACCAUGCCAUCUGCAUUCAACCUUAUCCCUCCUUCUGAUGUUGCACCACAGGUUCAUGUACAAUGGAUAGAGACCACUGCCACAAAGCUCCUUGACAACUUGCUUUUCCUGCAAGACAGUUUUGAUGAGAAUGGAAAAACCAGGAAUUUUGCUCACCCUGCCCUCAAGGAAGCUGUCAUACAAUUCUACUAUACCAGGACCUAUCAAGUCAUGGAUAAGUGUCCUGAGUCCUUCAACAAUUCAGUUCCCCUUUCCUGUCUGGCUCUUGUCACAGCUGCACAUCAUUGUGUGUUGGACAGAUUUGUGAAGAAUGGCACAGGAAAGAUGAUGCCUCAAUUCUCCAGCAAGGCUUACAAUUCCAUUUUCCAUGGCAUGAUGAAGGUGCUGAACAACAUCCUUCAUAAUCCCUAUCAUGGUGUGAGGUUGCACAAUCAGCUUUCUCAGUGGGUGAAGGAAGGAUGGGCUGCACUGCAAGAGGUUGAUUCAAAUGUAGAGAGGUACCAGCACAUUCAGGCAGUCCUUGAUUGA